AAAAGAAACACCAGAUUAACGCGGGAGAUCCCACGUGGCACGAACGGUAUAACGUGCCGCUUGAGAACGCCGCCUCACUCAGCACGUCGCCUCUCUGUCUGCCCCCUCUCCUUCCUUCCUCUCCGUGCUCUCUGCUCUCUGCUCUCUGACACUUCCCCCCACACAAGCAAAGCACAGAGCAGCCAGAGAUACCGAACCCUCAUACGCACAACAUACACAUACACAUACAGAGAGAGAGAGUUUUGUCUGAAACCGAUUGUCUGUCUCAACCAAAGGUUCCGCCUUGGUGUUUCACCUGUUUCCUUUCCGAUUCUGUUAUUCUCUCCCUUCUCCGCAGGGAAAAGCUUCGAACUUUUCUGCUAGUUCUUUUCCCCCCAAUUUUGGAGGUUCUUUGGUAGACGUACGACCUGCAUAAACAGAAAGCGAAAACCCACCAGACAAGAGAGACAGACAGACAGAGAGGAGAAGGAGGUGAAGGAAGGAGCUAGAAGGUAAUGGCGGGUCCGUCGCAGGAGACGCAGAUAUCCAUAGCGGCAUCGUCGAGCUUCCCGGGGUUUAGGUUCUCCCCCACCGACGAGGAGCUCAUCUCGUACUACCUCAGGAAGAAGAUGGAGGGCUGCGAGAAGAGCGUCGAGGUCAUUUCCGAGAUCGAGAUUUGCCGUCACGAGCCCUGGGACUUGCCUGGUAAGUCGGUCAUUCAAUCCCCCAACGAGUGGUUCUUCUUCUCGGCUCGUGGGAGGAAGUACCCGAAUGGUUCCCAGAGUAGGAGAGCCACGGAGCUCGGGUACUGGAAGGCCACCGGGAAAGAACGCAACGUAAAAUCCGGCAACAACGUGAUCGGCACGAAGAGGACCCUCGUAUUCCACCUGGGCCGUGCACCCAAAGGAGAAAGGACGGAGUGGAUCAUGCAUGAGUAUUGCACGCAUGGGAAGUCUCAGGACGCCCCGGUCGUAUGCCGUCUGAGGAGGAAUACCGAAUUCCGCCUUAAUGAUGCCUCGAAUAGAGGAUCUGCUACUCAGAGGCAAGCGACCGAUAUGGGGAACCCCGAUCAUCUUGGGUCGGAAGGUGUGACUGAUCAAAUGGGUAUCUCUGAAGGUGACAAGACACUCACUGGACCCCAGGCAAGGUGGACUUCGAGCAGUUACGACUCGCAUUCGGUUGAGCAGCUAGACUCUACUUCUGAGUCGAGAGAGAAAUUAUUGAACGAGGGUGCACAAGCUGCGUCCUCGAGCCAUAAGAAGGAUUCUGAUGAAGACGAGGACUUUUACGCUGACAUCCUCAAGGACGACAUCAUCGAACUGGAUGAAUCUGCAGUGUCAGCAACCCCGAAUGUCCUGAUGAUGGAGAAGAGCAGGCUCGAGGGUGAGAGGGCAUCCCAGCAGUCCCUGCUGGCACUCACGCCCACAGAUCCAAUCCCGUGCGGAGUAAACAGAAGGGUCAAGUUCAAUGAGCCGGGUCUGGAAACACAACUACCUGGAAGCGCCAGCAUAGCCGGAGCAAUGGACUCACUGUGGAUUGAUGGCAACGACAAGGACUACAACGCAGGGAAGGACAAGGGCUCAAGCCAGUCGUCGUUGUGGUACCCGUCGUGUCUGGUCACUACUAUCUUUGCAGGGAAGACGGUCCGGCAGCGAGUUUGGGCAAUGAUGGCGGUCGUGGCUUUGGUGCUGCUGGCUGUGUUUCUGAUGGGGAGAUCAGGAAAAUCAGGAUGAGUGCACUCCCUCCAAGUACAUCAACUUUUGGCGCUGCUUGUGUGCGUUUUUUUUUUUUAACCUGGGAUGUCAAGCUUCGUCCGACUAAUCUAGGUUCUGUGAACCACUGGUGGCAUAUGGAACUGGUAAUCACGUCAAAUGCGCUUCAGUGGUUUCAAAGGGUUUUGAAUUCGGGAUCGGAUGGAUACAUGAGCUCCUUUUUAAUCAUUAGGGGUCAAAACCCUUAAAGUUGCUUGUGUGCUUUUUAUGUGAUAUAGAUUGUGAAAGGUUAUAAUGUAAUUCAUAUUAGGAUUAGGAUAGAUUGUGAAGGGUAUAUGGUGUGAAACUCUACCAAGAGAGUAUGGGAAAUGAGCCUUUUUUUUUCAGUAUAUUAUUAUGAUUUAUGAGAUCA